UCAAUGUCUUUUAAUUAAAAUUAGGAACAAAUAAAAGAUCAACUCAUUAAAAUAAUUACUCUUGGGCCAUCAGGAGCAGGAAAAGUAAUUAAAAUAAUUAUAUUAAAGACUUCCCUUUUAACUAGAUUAACUUAAGAUAGAUUUAGUGAUAAUUAUAUUGCUACUAUAGGAGUUGAUUUUGCAACAAAGAGAAUGUUUAUCAAUAAUUAACCAGUUAAAUUAUAAAUUUGGGACACUGCUGGUUAAGAACGCUUUAGAACAGCAAUUUCUAAAUCAUAUUAUAGAAAUGCUCAUGGUAUCUUCUUAGUAUUUGAUAUUUCUAAUGAAGUCUCAUUUACUGAGGUUUAACUUUGGCAUUAAAGUAUUUAUUCUUAUUAUAUUAAGAAACUGUGGAUGAAAUCAAAAAUAUGAAUUAAGAAAUUUAAUUUCUUUUAGUUGGAUGUAAAUGUGAUUUAGAAUCAAAAAGACAAAUAUCAUAUGAUGUAGCCUAUUCUUUUGCAUAAAGUUUAGGCAUGCAUUAUAUAGAAACAUCAGCAAAAAUGAAUACAAAUUGUUUAGAAGCAGCAGAAUAUUUGGGUAAAAUGUGUUUGCAAUAAAUAAAUGAAAAGAAGAAUUAAGAACAACCAGUUAUGGAAAUUAAAUAAGAUGCAAUUAAGAAAACAUCAUGUUGCUGA